UGCUAAGGACGCUCAGUGGGGUGGUAGCCGACGGAGGAGGCUCAGGCUCGGGUUCGGGUUCAGGUUCGGGUUCGGGUUUAGCGCGGAGGAGAAAUGAACCCGUUCCAGAAUUUGAUCGUCGACUGUCUCAUUAACACGAAGCACGUCGAGAGCGCCGCUGUGCUCGUAGCUCAUAGCGGCAGCGUAGCGGCGGCAUCGCCGGGACUGCGGGUCCGUCCUCGGGACGCGCAGGCGCUCACAGGUGCCUUCAGGCGUCUGGCUGCAGUGCGAGAGCGCGGCUUGGAGAGGGGUCUGUCCGGGAGCUUCAGCUUCCAGGAGGAGGGGUUCGGCUGUGUCCGAGCGGACAGGAUCUCCAUCUACUGUAAGCGCGGAGGCCGCGGCCUGCUGCUGGUCAGAACCGGCCUCUUCAUCAUAGCAGCCACUUACAGCGAAGACAUGCUGCCCGGCGUCUGCGUGGAAGCCGUGGAGGCGCUGGCUGAAUAUCUGCGGCAGAAGGGGAAAUGAAACCCAACACCAUGGAAAUGGUUCAAAUAAGCAUCAUAUUAGAAGCAAGUGGGUAGAAAAAAAGUGCCCGAAAGGGCUAAAAGUAAACAAAGCCUGACUAAAUUAGACUAAACUAGACUAAACUACACAAAUGUAAGAUGUCAUCGUGCACAGUUUGGCUGACUGAUGUCUGUGAGUGAGAAAGACAGAAGAACUUGGUUCUGGAUUCUUGUAAUUGUGAGAGUUUAUUAAACAGGUCCAGAUGUGCAUCAUAAGUUUGAUCUGAGAGACCGGACCAACACAUUAACCCAGCGUAGGCCAUGAAAUCUUUCACAGAAAGAAAAUCCCAAUCCACAGAGACAGAAAGACCAGGUUCUGGCCCAGGAUCUCACUAACCCCUAAUAAACCAGUCAGAUUAGCUUUUACACAAUGCAAGUCCAGGUAACCAGAGUUCAGUGAUGACCCAGCGGUUCUGCUCAGGGUUCUACUCAGGGUUCUGCUCAGGGUUCCUAGACCAAAGAAAACGCUCUUGCAGAGACACCAACAGUCACUCACAGUGUGAUGGUUUGUAGUGGUUUACACUCAACAU